CAUGCUCUCGAUUUAUUUGUUUCGUUUCCAUAAUGUCAAAAUCGAAAAAAACAACACAAGAAGAAAAACAAAAACGUUUGUUGGAAUUUUUCCAUGAAAAAAAAAAUGUUUUCGUUCUCAAAGAAUUGGAAAAAAUUGCAUCCAAAGAAAAAGGAAUUCCAGCACAAACCAUCAAAGAUGUAUUGAAUUCAUUAGUCGAUGAUGAUUUAGUCGAUACGGACAAGAUUGGUACAUCAACCUAUUUUUGGUCAUUCCCUGGUAAAACAUAUCAAAAGAAAUUAGCCGAAUGUAGAAAACUAGAACAAUCGAUCAUUGUUUUACAAGAACAAUCAAAAAAACUGGAUGAUGAAUUGUCGACAUUUAUUAGCCACACCAAUAAUGAUGAUGAUAACAACAAACAAAUGGAUGAGAAUAAACUUCGUGCUGAAAUACAAGAAAAUCUAAUGAAAUUAGAGCAAGAAAAACAACAAUUACAAAAAGAAUUGGUCCGAUUCCAGAAUUAUGAUCCAGCCAAUGUUGAACAAUUGGAAAAUGAAUGCCAAAUAGCACGAACGGCUAUUGAACGUUGGACUGAUAAUAUUUUCCAAUUACGUACAUGGUCUAAAAAUCGAUUUCAAAUUGAUUCAUCCGAUGUUGAUAAAGGAUUUGGUAUUCCGAAUAAUUUUGAUUAUUAUAAUGAUGAUGAAUAAUUUAUUAUAUCGAAUUGUUGGCGAAAAUUAAGCCAUCAAGAAAUUCCGUCUUAUCCUCCAUCCGUUUAAAAAAAUUAUUUCACAUAUAUAAUAACCGGAUCCAUCGUAAAAGUGUCAUGUGUAAAUAAGUUUUUUUUACAACAAAUUUCAUACACUUGUUGUGUGGUCUCAUCAUCAUCAUCAUCAACAACAACAACAACAUAAACAACAACAACAAUGGUACCAUAUCCUGGUCUGGAACACAAAUUGUUGGACAUCCCAUUCAAAUAUUGAUGUGCAGAACAACAACAACAACAACAAAAAUAAUGUUAUUACAAUGACCACCAACCAAUUACUCAACCAGAAAUUACUUUCACUCUUAUGGGUGGGCUGUUUUUUUUCUCUUCAACCAAUGGGCGUUUCCAUUUGUUUUUGCUCUGGUUAAUAUCAUCAUCAUCAUCAUCAUUUAUUGUAGGUGGGCCAUGCCUAUAGGAUAUUAGCAACAUUAUUUGAAUAUUCAACAUUUUUUUUCAAGAAACAAAAACAACAACAA